AUGGGUAAGACGAAGGAUAAAGCGGCCAAGGAGGCGAAGAAGGAGAAGAAGGAGAAGAAGAGCUCCAAGGAGAGAACGGUGGAGGCGGCGGCGGCGACGGAGACGAAGAAGAAGCGAAAGGCGAGCGAUGAGGAGGAUGAAUCAAAGAGAGAAAAGUCGCGCGCGCGAAGAGAGGAGGACGAGCGGGCGGAGGGAGAUCUCGAACUCGGGACGCCCGAACCGGAGGAGCCGAAUCCGUUGGCGUUGGAUAAUUUUAAGGGUUUGACUGAUCCGGUGAAGACGACGCUGCGGAAGAAGGGGUACGAUGCGUUGUUUCAGAUUCAGGCGGAGACGCUGGAAAUCGCGCUCGGCGGGCGCGACGUCGUGGGACGAGCGAGGACUGGAUGCGGGAAGACGCUGGCAUUCGUGCUGCCCAUCAUCGAGUUGAUGGCCAAGAUGUCGCCAAUGCCGGCGAAUGGACGACGGGUGCAGGGCAGACGACCGAUGUGCGUGGUGUUGGCGCCUACGAGAGAGCUCGCAAAGCAAGUCUUCGCGGAUUUCGACUGGAUUGGAAACUCGUACGGAUUCAAAUCUCUGUGUGUGUACGGCGGCGCGCCGUAUCGCGAGCAAGAGAUGGGUUUGCGAAGCGGUGUUGAUAUCGUGAUCGGUACCCCGGGACGCAUGAAGGAUCACCUCGAGCGCAAGACGCUGAUGAUGACGGAUCUGAAGUUUCGCGUGCUCGACGAAGCCGACGAAAUGUUGAACAUGGGUUUCGUCGACGAUGUCGAGACCAUUUUGAAGAGCUCUGGUGACGUGCAAACACUUUUGUUCUCCGCCACGCUUCCAUCGUGGGUGAAGGACAUCUCCAAGCGCUUCCUGAAGCCCAACUACUCGACGGUUGACUUGGUUGGUGACGAAAAGCAAAAAGCGAGCGGCGCCGUGCAGCACAUGUUGUUGCCGUGCCAGUGGUCCGAUCGAGUUGACCUCGUAUGCGACGUCAUUCGAUCGAAAGCCCCUGGUGGUGGACGUGUUAUCGUUUUCUGUGAUACCAAACGCGAUUGCGGCGAGUUGUGCGACAACCUGCAAAAGGAAAUCCCGAAGGGGGCAAAGGCGCUUCACGGCGACGUCAGCCAAAGCCAACGCGAAGUCGUCCUUUCGUUGUUUCGCGAAGACAAGUUCCAGGUUUUGGUCGCGACCGAUGUCGCCGCUCGCGGUUUGGACAUCACGGGUGUGGAACUUGUCAUUCAGUGCGAACCACCGAAAGAUGCAGAGACGUAUAUUCACCGCUCGGGGCGAACCGGAAGAGCGGGCGCAACUGGAAUUAGCGUCACCCUUUGUACGCCGCGUAACGAGUGGGCUGUACCGAACAUCGAGCGUAAGGGAGGAUUCAAGUUCAUUCGAAUCGGACCACCGCAACCGGCGGAGAUGGCCAAGGCUGCGGGGAAGAUUGCCGGCGAACAAAUUCGCAAGGUGCAUAAGGGUGCCGCGAAGCUCUUCAUGGAUGUCGCGCGCGAUUUACUCGAGGGUGAGGACAGCGACAGCGAAGAGGGUCGCGAUCCAGUCGAGGUACUUGCGAUGGCGAUCGCCAAGCUUGCAGGUCAUGGAGAACUUCGUCAGCGCUCUCUAUUGACGUCGCACUCAGGGCAGACAACUUUGCUCUUCACCGCCAACGGCGUCGAUAUCAGGACUCCGACAUAUGUCUGGAACUUCUUACGUCAACGCAUGGACGAGAGUGAGCUUCAACUUCGUCGUCUCACGUUGAGUAUGGAUAACAAGGCGGCCGUGUUCGACGUACCAUCGGAACUCGCCGAUAAGUUUGUCGCGCUCUCAGAGCCAGCGACCAGCGGUAAGACCGCUGUCACCAUCAUCGAGUGCGCUGAGUUGCCUGAAUUGAGUCAGCGACCGCAAGCCCGCGAAGGUGGUUUUGGUGGCGGGCGCGGCGGUGGUGGAGGACGAUUUUCUGGUCGAGGUGGGAACUACGGUGGCGGCCGAGGCUCUCCUGGUGGUCGGUUCGGUGGACGAGGUUCUCCAGGCGGACGUGCGGGCGGUCGCGGUGGCGGAGGACGGUUCUCGGGCGGAGGACGAGGAAGAGGUCGUUAUUAG